UGGCUGAUCUGCCAUUCUCACUCAUGCUUCUUGCAGCGUUGUCGCUCCCGGAGUGUACGAGCGAGGGUCCCGCGUCCCCCCGCCUACUCCCCACGCUGGCAGAGCAGCUUCUGAGCUACAGCGACAACGUGGAGAAUGAGGAAGACGACGAGGAAGAGGAGGCGGUGGUUGACAUGGCAACGCUGGCGGAGCAAAUCAUCGAGGCGACUCCGGAGCGAAUCAAACACGAGGACUUCACCAGGGGUGCCGAGUCACUGCUCUGUGAGAGGCGGGAUGUCCAGGACACCUGGCUGGCGACCUACCUGGACACGGUCGACGCCCACACGCAGCCCCUACCCAGUGUACAGCUUGUCCACAGUGGUCUCCAUUUGUGCAGGCGGGUGUGUCCCCCCUCGCCCCUCAGCGCCUUGGCCCUCCAGAGGCUGCGGCCGCCCUCCUCGGCGGCGUGGGCCGAGUUUCUGAACGCGUCUGCCAAUGGCCGGAUGGAGCGCGACUUCGCCUUGCUAACGCUGACCGAUGGCGAGCAGAAGGAGCUCUACGAGGCCGCCAGGAUCAUCCAGAACGCCUUCCGGAGAUACAAGGGUCGCCGGUUGAAGGAGCAGCAGGACAUGGCCGCAGCAGUCAUUCAGAGAUGCUACCGCAAAUAUAAACAGCUAACAUGGAUAGCUCUCAAGUACGCUCUCUACAAGAAGAUGACCCAGGCGGCCAUCUUGAUCCAGUCCAAGUUUCGCUCGUACUACGAGCAGAAGCGCUUCCAGCAGAGUCGGCGCGCGGCUGUGCUCAUCCAGCAGUACUACCGCAGCUACAAGGAAUAUGAGAGGCUCAAACAGGGCCCAGGCGGCGGCACAAACCACAACCCCAAAAUCAAGGGGACCUUCCUGACCAAGAAACAGGACCAGGCUGCACGCAAGAUCAUGAGGUUCCUGAGACGCUGCAGGCACCGGAUCAAGGAGCUGAAGCAAAAUCGGGAGCUGGAAAGACGAGGCCUGACCACGUAAAUUCACCCAUCGGUGCCCUGAUGAAUGUAGUUCCCGGCAGGGAGCGCACGGAGGCAAAUGUCCAUCUCUAUUCUUAUUGACUUGUUGGUACACAUGUACCCAUACAUAUAAUACACGGGACUUUUGAAAUGCUUUUA